GCCGCGGCUGCCUUUCAUUCUCUGCUCCUACCCGCAACCGCAAGCAAAGAACCCAGAGAAAGAAAGGGAAAAUGGCGCGAAAUCCUCGCUGUUCUCCAGCCAAAUUCCUAGCGAAUUUUCCGUCAUUGUUCCGCAUUUUCCUUCUCUCGCUACUGUGUCUGCUUGCAUGCCCGGUUUCCGGCCACGACUACGCCGAUGCCCUCCGGAAGAGCAUUCUCUUCUUCGAAGGCCAGAGAUCCGGCGAGCUCCCGCCGGACCAAAGAGUCCGGUGGCGCAGAGACUCCGCAUUGCACGAUGGCGCCGCCGCUGGAGUGGACUUGACGGGCGGGUACUACGACGCCGGGGACAACAUAAAGUUCGGGUUUCCGAUGGCGUUCACGACGACAUUGCUGUCGUGGAGCAUCAUAGACUUCGGGCGGACCAUGGGGGCUGAGCGGCCGAACGCGGUGAAGGCGGUGCGGUGGGCGACGGAUUACCUGCUGAAGGCGACGGCGUUGCCGGGGGUGGUGUUUGUGCAGGUGGGUGACCCAUUUUCUGACCAUAACUGUUGGGAGAGGCCCGAGGACAUGGACACGCUCAGAACGGUGUACAAGAUCGAUGGCCGCCACCCUGGCUCCGACGUCGCAGGCGAGACGGCCGCUGCCCUCGCCGCCGCCUCCAUCGUGUUCAGGUCACGUGACCCUUCCUACUCCCGCCUCCUCCUCGAUCGUGCCGUCAAAGUGUUCGAGUUCGCUGACAGGCACCGUGGCGCGUACAGCAACAGCAUUCGGCGAGGCGUGUGCCCGUUUUACUGUGACGUCAACGGCUACCAGGACGAGUUGCUGUGGGGGGCGGCGUGGUUGCACAAGGCGUCGAGGAGGCGCGCGUACAGAGAAUACAUCAUAAGGAACGAGGUGGUUCUGAGGGCCGGAGACACAAUCAAUGAGUUCGGUUGGGACAACAAGCACGCCGGGAUUAAUGUCCUCAUUUCCAAGGAGGUGUUGAUGGGAAGAUCUCCAGACCUCAAGUCCUUCCAGAACAAUGCCGAUGCCUUCAUCUGCUCCAUUUUGCCUGGCAUUUCUCACCCUCAAGUUCAAUAUUCUCCUGGGGGGCUGAUCUUCAAGGCUGGAGGGAGUAACAUGCAGCAUGUAACAUCUCUGUCAUUCUUACUUCUCGCCUAUUCUAAUUAUCUGAGCCACGCCAAUCAUGCUGUUCCAUGUGGUGACAUCUCAGCCUCCCCGGCUCUCCUCAAACAGCUGGCCAAACGUCAGGUGGACUACAUUCUGGGCGAUAAUCCAAUGAGGAUGUCGUACAUGGUAGGAUACGGUGCACGAUACCCGCAGAGGAUACACCACCGAGCCAGCUCCUUGCCUUCCGUGGCGGCGCACCCGGCCCAUAUAGGCUGUAAGGCCGGGUCUCGUUAUUUUCUGAGCCCCAACCCGAACCCUAAUUUACUGGUUGGAGCGGUAGUGGGGGGGCCCAACAGCACCGAUGCAUUCCCAGACUCGAGGCCGUUCUUUCAAGAGUCAGAACCCACGACGUAUAUCAACGCGCCAUUGGUGGGCUUGCUCGCGUACUUCUCGGCCCAUCCUUGAUCUCAAUGUAGGAAGUAGUAGAUAUGGAUGUAUGUAGAGGUUGUUGUUGAUUAGUAGUGGUGCGCGAAGGUCACCCUACCUAUGAUUGUGUCUUCUGGUUUGUAACCCUUUUCCAUUCAAUGAAGGAAGAAAAUGUUUCCGAGAAA